AGUUCCUCCCAUAAUCCUAGCCCCGGCCGCCAUCGCCGGCCAUGGCGGCGCCCCGCGAGCUGGACCUCUCCGACGAGGUCGAGGGCGUGAUGGACGGCACCAUCGACUUCGUCUUCCGCCUCGUCGGCGACCCCAUCCCCCUCCUACCCUCCGCCUCCGCCCCGCUCCCCCUCUUCGACCUCCAGUCCCCUCCCGCGCGCCCGCUCGCCGUCUCCGACCUCCACGCCGCCGUCUUCCUCGCUCACCCCAACGGGUUUAUCGCCGCGAGGACGAAGGCGUUGAUCGAGGCCAGCAAGGAGGCCAGGGAGAAGGGCAAGGCGAGCACCCGCUGCGCCCAGGACUGCUGCGUCACCGACGUGCCCCUCCCCGGCGUCACUCUCCUAGCGCUCUCCCGCGACCAGUCCGUGCUAGCUGCCUGCACGGGCAGUGAGAUCCAGUUCUUCUCGGCUACUUCCUUGCUCACUGAUAAGGAUAUCAAGCCGUCAUCAUCAUGUAGCAUGGGACGAUCUGGCACUGUCAAAGAUUUCAAAUGGCUAGAUAAUGCCUCUAUUGUACUCUCAAAUGGUGGAUUGCUAUCUCAUGGGAGUUUGGGGCAAGGCCUGAAGGAUGUUGAUGCUGUUGACUGUUCCAAGGACGGGAACCAUAUUGCUGUGGCAAGAAAGAAUUCACUCAGGAUAUUAACACCAGAUUUGAAGGAAACAUGUUGCAUGGCCCUCUUGUUUCAGUUGUGGCCUGAUAGUGAUUCAGAGGGCACUGACAUCAAAGUGGAUUCCAUUGGGUGGGUUCGCGAUGAUAGCAUUGUUGUCGGUUGUGUUCGAUUGAAUGAAGAAAGCAAUGAAGAGGAUUAUCUGGUAAAAGUUAUAAGAAGUGGAGGAGAUACAUUUUUCGAGAGCUCAAGCAAGCCAGUUGUUCUUAGGUGUGAUGUUUCCAGAGGCAUAAGGAAUGAUAUUUUACCAUCUGGAGUUGGACCAAAUCUGCUAUUGGGCUAUCUGCAUCGCUGGGAUCUCCUGGUUGUUACAAAUAAAAAGAGCACUGAUGACCACAUUUCUCUUUUGAAAUGGCCGUCCAGAACUGAUGAGGAAAGAACUGUGGUAUACCUCGAAAUGGUGGAGGAUAGAUAUAGUCCUAGAAUUGAUCUGCAAGAAAAUGACGAUGACAAUGUUAUAUUGGGGUUUGGUGUGGAGAAUGUUUCAUUAUUUCAGAAGAUCACAGUACUGGUUGGACCUGAACAGAAGGAGGUUGCCCCUCAACAUCUUCUACUUUGUUUGACUAGUGAAGGGAAACUAAUUAUUUAUUAUCUUGCCAGGAUUUCUGACCCUUCCGAUUUACCUCAAACAAGUCUGUCUACCAUUGAGGAUAGUAAUGUGGAUAAACAAAUUUCUCCUGCAACUGUGUCUAAUAAGGAUCUGACUCCAAGUGUUACAAGUUCAAGCGCCAAGAGUCUGCUCGCAAGACCAGGGACGAUGGCCACGCACGACAGCAGCAAGGCGAAGAAAACAAGACCGGAGGAAUCUUGUAGAAAAUUGUUAAGCGCCGUCCUGGAAAAUACAAUACGACUGAGUGCACCUCCUGAUUGCGAUAAACCAACCGACUACAACAAAUUGAUCGAAGAGCUGCAAACGGUAACCAAGAGAAUGGUUGCACGGAAAUAUGCACGUGAGAGAGAUGUUCUGGUGAAGAAUUUGCUGUUGGCAAUAGAUAAGAUCUCUCACUUUGAGUCAGAUAUACCGUUUGUCGACAAGCAAAAUAAGGAUGCAGCUUUGCAAGCAAAAGACUGGCUUUUGAACAAGCAGAGGGAGCAGAAGUCGGUCUCAAUAUAUGAAGAUGCUGUCCUAAAGUGUACUGCUUUAGACAACUGGAUUAAGAGGCUAGAAUUAGAUCAAACAACUGAAGGGUAA